AAAUGGCUGAUAGCAGCUGUGGUAAAAAAUCCACAAAAUGCCCCAACUGUUCAUCUGCUUCUCAGAAAAAUGUACUUUGUGUAUGUUCUUGUAAAACAAAGCUUUCUCCAGUGUCAGUGGUGGAAAUGUCACAGACAUCGAGCAUUGGUAGUUCAGAAUUUAUAUUUUCACCAGAGAGAAAAAAAGAAAGACAAACCAGCAAAGAUAUUACCUCUGGAAAAGAUUUGCCCUCAAAAACCUCAAAUGUAGAGAGAAAAUCAUCUCAACAACAGUGGGGUCGAGGCAACUUUACAGAAGGAAAAGUUCCUCACAUAAGGAUGGACAAUGGAGCUGCUAUUCAGGAAAUCUAUACCUUUGGAAGAAUAUUGGGACAAGGGAGCUUUGGAAUGGUCAUUGAAGCUAUUGACAAGGAAACAGAAACUAAGUGGGCAAUUAAAAAAGUGAGCAAAGAAAAGGCUGGAAGCUCUGCUGUGAAGUUACUUGAACGGGAAGUGACCAUCCUAAAAAGUGUGAAACACGAACACAUUAUACAUCUAGAACAAGUAUUUGAGACGCCUAAGAAAAUGUACCUUGUGAUGGAGCUUUGUGAGGAUGGAGAACUCAAAGAAAUUCUGGAUAGGAAAGGUCAUUUCUCAGAGAAUGAGACCAGGUGGAUCAUUCGAAGUCUCGCCUCAGCUAUAGCCUAUCUUCACAAUAAGGAUAUAGUACAUAGAGAUCUAAAACUGGAAAACAUAAUGGUUAAAAGCAGCUUUAUUGAUGCUAACGAUGAAAUGAACUUAAACAUAAAGGUGACUGAUUUUGGUUUAGCGGUGAAGAAGCAAGGAAGGAGUGAAGCCAUGCUGCAGACCACAUGUGGGACACCUAUCUAUAUGGCCCCUGAAGUUAUCAAUGCCCACGACUAUAGCCAGCAGUGUGACAUUUGGAGCAUAGGUGUCAUAAUGUACAUUUUAUUAUGUGGAGAAGCACCCUUUAUGGCAAGCUCAGAAGAGAAGCUUUUUGAGUUAAUAAGAAAGGGAGAACUACAUUUUAAAGAUUCAGUCUGGGAUUCCAUAAGUGAUUCUGCUAAAAGUGUUUUGAAACAACUUAUGAAAGUAGAUCCUGCUCAUAGAAUCACAGCUAAGGAACUACUAGAUAACCAGUGGUUAACAGGCAAUAUACUUUCUUCGGCGAGACCAACCAACGUGUUAGAAAUGAUGAAAGAAUGGAAAAAUAACCCAGGAAGUGAUGAGGAAAGUACAACAGACCAAAGGAACAACUGGUCCGGUCAAGAAAAGUUGAAAGGUUACCAACCCAGCAGAAGUAUCCAUGUCAGUAACUCUUCAGAUGAAGAGGAAGGAAAACAGCCCACUGCUUAUGAAAAGACUUCUGUGCCCAGUAAGAAGGAAAACAUGGACGACUUGGACAUGAGUUACUCAAGUUACAUAUCUAGCAGACUCCCUUCAGUUGAACUCAAGGGAGAAAUAGAGAAACCCCCCGCGACUUCAAGCCAAGGAACAGCAACCAAAGGCACUGCUAAAUCCAUUGCCCUGCCUAGAACCAAAAAGAAACUCUAACAACGCUGAACAGUACAGAAACAGAGCUGCUCUUUCUAGUGCAAUGAGGGUUUAGGAGGGGAAAAGGACAAUAGUAUGCCGAGCUUUUAGCGUUUCAGCUGCUCUGAGCCCUGCCAAGUGUUUGCACCUGUUUUAAAAUUGAAGCAGUCAACUCCAAAGUGGGGUUAAAGGACAGCCUGCAACAGGCUUGAUGGCUUGUGCAGCUGAAAUCAACUCAAGGUGUUUUCGAGAGUUGUUCAGAGGAGUGGAUGCCCUCAAAGCAAGGCUGUGGGCACACUUGCCCAGUUGUACUUCAAAUUCUUACAUUUAGGCACAAUUAUUUAUAGGGGAAACUGAGAGCCAGAUAUGGUAAUGGAGGUUCCAAAUGAUUAUGUGCACUUUGCACUAGAAGAUUUGUUAGGAAAUUACUAAUAAACUUGUUUAUAAGCGUAACAGCAGAAGUGCUUCAGCCAUUCACGUGUGUUCUUGUGAUUUUAGGUUGCUGUAGAUUGUUUAAGACAGUUUAUUUUAAAUGUAGAAGAAUAGAUUUUGUAACUGUUUGCCAUUAACAUGCUGCUAAAUUCCCAAUGUAUCGAUUGAAUCAAUA